AUGCUCAGAAAUGGCCCCGGAAUGUUCGAGAUCGGAGAGAACAAGUACAGACAUUGGUUCGACGGAAUGGGAUUCAUGCAGAGAUACCAUUUUGAGGACGGAAAAGUGAGAACGUCUGCAAUAUUACCUACUAAAAGUGUCUCUUUUCAGAUGUACUACUCGGCCCGUUAUCUGGAAUCGGAUAACUAUAAAAAGAACAUGGAAGCCCAGAGGAUCGUGACCAGCAGCUUCGGGACCGGAUCGUUCCCCGAUCCCUGCAAGUCCAUAUUCUUCAGAUUCUUCUCGAGUUUUCUGCAAAGCGAAGACAAGCACGAUAAUGCGAACGUUGCAUUCACUCCACUUGGAGACGGACUGUAUGCUUGCACGGAGACACCGCACUUGCACAGAGUUGAUUUGGACACUUUGGAGAGCAAGGAAGCAGUGAGUUUAAGUUUCAGUUACGGCGAAAACGUACAAAUGUUGAAAUUCAGGUUGAUUUCUCGAAGCUCGUCGCUCUCCACACUUGCACCGCCCAUCAACUGUACGACGAGAACGGAGACGUCUACAAUAUCGGAUCUCGCUUCGGAGCAGACUCCGCGCACGUCUUCACAGUCACCCGCAACCCAAAAAACCAUCCAUCGGAGUCUGCUCACUCGUGGGAGCACACUACAAAAGUCGGAGAAGUGAGGUGCUCCGAGCCGAUGUACCCGACCUACAUGCACUCGUUCGGAAUGUCGGAGAACUAUCUGAUCAUGUUUGAGGCGCCGAUUCGAUUGGAUAUCAAAAAGUUCCUGGUCAGAAACUUCAUCUCUGCCACCUACAAAGACUGCCUGGGUUGGCAUUCGAACAAGGAAGUGAAGGUGUUCAUUCUGAAUAAGAAGACCGGAGAGCAAGUGCCUUUGAAGCUCAAAAUGGAUCCAUUCUUCACUUUCCAUCAUGCGAACACUUUCGAAAAGGACGGAUGUCUGGUUGUGGAUUACUGUAGAAUUGAACAGGCCGGAAGUUUCGAUGCUCUACUUAUUGAGAACAUGAAGACUGGAGCAUUCCGGAAUGUAAGCGCAACAACUGAAAGCACAUUUACAGUUUCUCUUCAGGACCCUCAAUUCUUGCCUUUCCUCACCCGUCUCGUGAUUCCGUUGAAUGUUCCGGAUGGCUCGAAACCCGGAGACAACCUUCUGAAGUCGGUCAAAUGGGCGGAAGGGUACUCGGCAGAGUUGCAGAACGACGGGUUUAUCCAUCUGAAAGAGAAGAGAUUAUGCGAUGUUUGUGAGUUUCAUUCAUUUCAUCGGAAGAAUAAUAGGAAAAAAGAUAUUUUUCAGCUUUGGAGUUCCCUCGUUAUCACUGGGAAAAAGUGAAUAUGAAGGAGUACAAAUACGUAUUCGGAUCAAGUGUUCUCGGCCAACAGAAGUCGGAAACAUUGGCCGGAGUCAUCAAGGCGGACGUUUUCUCCGGAAAGCACUUGGUUUGGAGAAGAGAAAACGAGCAUCAGAUCUGCGGAGAACCGAUCUUUGUGCCCGAUCCAGCCGGCGUGGAAGAGGAUGAUGGUAAAAAAGGCUUGAAAUGCUUGUGAUGGUCUAUUGUUUCCAGGAAUUCUGAUCGUUCCAGUGAUGACCAUGUCCGACGGACAACGCCCGUUUGUCUUGAUGCUCGACGCCAGAAACAUUCAGGAGAUUGCCAGAUAUACAAUUCCAGAGGCCAGAAUUCCUCUGGGAUUCCAUGCUUUUUAUCAGGGACGACCCGAACUUCAUUGA